UAGGAUGGAGACUCCAAACUCCACGGAAGGGAGACAUGGGCCGCAGGAAUCUGUGAAAGUUCUUGCAACUACUUUUAAGAAUGGAAAUGAAUUGAAAAGAAAAAUUUACAGUGUCCAAAGCACAACAGAACUUCUGGAAAAAACAAGUGAAUUGGGAUUCGUCCUUGACCGGAUUUUAAAAUUUAACACAGAUUUCCAAGAGUUUACUGAUGUUGACAGUAGUGUGCAGAUAAGUAACCUUGACAGAUUCCAAGUGCACUUUUCAGAAGCAUCCCAUCUUCAAACUGUCCCAAGAGAAGUCUGUCAAACGCAGCCUACACAGGAGCCAGAUCAGCAGGCUGGUCUGAGGCCUCUGCUUGAAAUGAAAGUUCCAGAAAUAUUUGAUGAACUCCAAACUAAGGCCAUUGUUACAGAGAAGACCCGAAUGAAACUCAUUAAAGUUUGCAUCUCUGACUUAGUGGAGAAGCAUGGAUUUUAUCCGUCCACUAUUGAAAAGGUGGUUCUUGCAAAGAACAUCAUCACCAUCUUCCCAUCGCUUAAAGUCCAAAUUGAUGGCAGAGGAGAAGGCUUUGAGCAUUUCUUCGAUCCAGCAUCACACUCUGGGUUUUUGGAGAUGAGACUUCGCAAUAUCCGCCGGAAGCUAGAAGAAGGCCAGCGGCGUUACAGUAGACACAAGAGGUGCCGAGAUGUUGAAGAGAUGUCAAGUUCUGUGCAGGAUGAAGGGGACGGCAGCGAAGUCAGAGAGUUCAUCAACCUGAUGAAAAGGCUGAGGCCUUCUGCAGAAAACAUGUCCUCAAUCAAAUCAGCGAUGCAGAAAACAUUCACCUGGCGCAGAUCGUGGAUAUCCAAACAUUCACCCACCAUGGAGGAAAUCUUGCAAGAGUAUCCACGCUUCUUGGAUAUACCAACACUGCUUGAUACAGAGUUUGGUAAAAUGCAUCAAGGAAAGGGGGACCUGUUCCUAAGGCGGUGGGAGGCCAGCAUCAUGCCGAAGCUGAAAGCUGUUGCCGCCAGGGAGAAGGGUGAUGUUGCAUCUCUUGUUGAAGGGAUGGAAGACCAAACUGAUGAUGAGAAGUGCUACAUUAUGUUGGUCGUCCUUACUCAUCUCCUUCCACCAGUUGCAGCAAGCCGCUGUAGCAUCAAGUCUGCGAUUACACAACUCAUUGAUUUUGUGCCGGCAGGAAGUACCAUUGCCUCCCUCUACAAUGCAUCCCAGGAUCCAGCACAGAGCACACAGCCACAACUAGUCUGCAUUGGUCAUCUAAGGGGAGGGUCACAGCAGUAUGUCAUUGUGGGCAAGUCUGACAAGAUUGCUAUCCCCUUGGAUGAAGGCCUGGCAUGUGCUGUGGACAAGCUCUUCAAGCUCUACUGGGUAUGCAACCUGGGGCCUGCCCCUGGCCUACCCAGCCCCGCUCAGCUCUGUGUUCUCAUUCGUCGAGUACAUUUACGACUUACCCAUGUCAACAAACAGGAGAGCAAAGGGCUGCAUCAGGUCGCACCCCCAUAG